AUGGAGGAGAUCCAGGCCGCCAGCAUGCAGUGGGGAGACGACGAAGCGGUUGAAGGAGCGGAGGCGACCGCCAGUAGAGCCACUCGCGGAGGCAACGGGGUGGAGGCCGGACGAUGGGGCCACUCCGGCUUCGAGCAACUGCAGCAGCAGGACCAGGCCGACCAAGCCCGCCGCCACCAGCAGCAACAAAGAGCAAGGACCCAGCGUCGUGGCGCCAGCCGUGAACAGCAGCCGCCGCAGCCGCAGCCGCGCUCGCCUGCCCGUGGUCGCGGGGGUCGGGGCCACCAGCAGCAUAGGGAGGAGGACCACCAGUUCCAGCAGAAGUGGGAGGACCUGGGCCGACAGCGGCUCGAAGCCAUCAAGCGAAAGGAGAGCCGCCGCGACGACCUGCCCCUCUACCGCCCGCCCACACGGGGCAAGUACACGGAGAGGCUGCGUGAGCUGGAGCAGCUGGAGCAGCAGCAGGGGCAGCAGACAGCCGAUGAGGCCCCGCAGCCGCGGCCACCCAAGGCAGCAGCAUCACCCAACCGAGCGUCGGCAGCAGCUGAAGCGACCGGCACGACACAGGAGCAGCGCACCAACAACUCCCCUCAAAAGGCCGAUCUUGGUGGUGCCGGCACUGCCAAAGAAGACGCCAUCCCGAUCGCCAGUGCCAGCAAGGGCAAGGGCAAGAGCAAGAGCCCUGCCAAAAAGGCGGCACAAUGGCGCCCUGUCGCCCACCCGAGCGCCACCACACCUACGCCCACCGACGAACCCAAGCCCGAGCCCAUCGCUGCCGCUCCUUGUACGGCGGCCACCCCACCCGAUGGAGGAAAAGAGCAGCCGCAGCAGCCAGAAGCAGCAGAGCAAACCAACAAGGAGGCCGAGUGCACUGAGGCAGAGGCAGAACAACAAGUGGCGGAGGAGCAACAACAGGCCGAGGAGACGACAGGGCCGGGCGAGACGGAAAAGGAGAAGGAGCAAGCAGAUGAAGGGGAACCACUCACCCCAGCUUCAGAAGCGGAGGAGGCCCGCCACCUCUCAUAG